CCUGCCUUGCUCUUCCCCGGGACACAGCACUGGGGGCCGGGGCUGCACAGGACCCUGAACUCGGCCCCCUCACAAUGCAUUGUCUGUGGAGCUGGGUGAUGGCCAAGGCGUCCAGGGGCACCGCCSCCCCCCCGCCCGUCUUGCUGCGAGAAGCCCCAGGCCUGAGCCAGCCUGCGCUGGAGGAGGGUUGUGAGGAGAUCCCUCGAGAACUCACCCUGGAUGCCCUGCUGGAGAUGGACGAGGCCAWGGUGAAGGAGACGUUGCGGCGCUGCGGGGCCAGUGCCGAGGAGUGUGGCCGUCUGCAGCAAGCCCUCACGUGCCUUCGGAAGGUGACAGGCCUGGGAGGUGAGCACAAAGAGGACUCAGGCUGGAGUUCGUUGGAUGCUCGGCGAGAAAGUAGUUCAGGCCCUUGCGCAGAUGCCCUCCCACCUGCCAGUCUGCCCUGGCCACCGGGGAGCUCGCAGCUGGGCCGAGUGGGCAGCAGCGGCCAGGGCCCUCGCUCCAUCUCCGUGUCAGCGCUGCCUGCCCUGGACUCGCCAGCCCCCGGCCUUGGAGAGGGCCUCUCGGACACCUGUAUCCCCCUGCACGCCAGCGGCCGCCUGACGCCCCGCGCCCUGCACAGCUUCAUCACCCCGCCCACCACGCCCCAGCUGCGACGGCAUGCCAAGCUGAAGCCACCGCGGACACCCCCGCCGCCCAGCCGCAAGGUCUUCCAGCUGCUGCCCAGCUUCCCCACGCUCACCCGGAGCAAGUCCCACGAGUCUCAGCUGGGGAACCGCAUCGACGAGGUCUCCCCGAUGAGGUUUGAUCUUCCACAUGGAUCCCCACAGAUGGUACGAAGGGACAUCGGCCUCUCGGUGACACAUAGGUUCUCUACCAAGUCCUGGCUGUCACAGGUCUGCCACGUGUGCCAGAAGAGCAUGAUGUUUGGAGUGAAGUGCAAGCACUGCAGGUUGAAGUGUCACAACAAGUGCACGAAAGAAGCCCCGGCMUGUAGAAUAUCCUUCCUCCCACUAACAAGGCUCCGGAGGACGGAAUCCGUCCCCUCGGACAUCAACAACCCUGUGGACAGAGCAGCCGAACCCCACUUUGGAACCCUCCCCAAGGCACUGACGAAAAAGGAGCACCCUCCCGCCAUGAACCCCCUGGACUCCAGCAGCAACCCCUCCUCCGCCACGUCCUCCACGCCCUCCUCGCCAGCGCCCUUCCCGACACCAACGAAYCCCUCCAGCGCCACCACACCCCCCAACCCCUCGCCUGGCCAGCGGGACAGCAGGUUCAACUUCCCAGCUGCCUACUUCAUUCAUCAUAGACAGCAGUUUAUCUUCCCAGACAUUUCAGCCUUCCCGCCGCCAGCCCCACUCCCCGACUCGGCCGACAGUGCCCGGCUCGACGACCCACCCAAAGCCGAUGUGUUGGAGUUUCCUGAGGCGGAGGCUGAGGAGCCAGAGGCCGGAAAGUCAGAGGCAGAAGAUGACGAGGACGAGGUGGACGACUUGCCCAGCUCCCGCCGGCCCUGGCGGGGCCCCAUCUCUCGAAAGGCCAGCCAGACCAGCGUGUACCUGCAGGAGUGGGACAUCCCCUUCGAGCAGGUGGAGCUGGGAGAGCCCAUCGGGCAGGGCCGCUGGGGCCGGGUGCACCGUGGCCGCUGGCACGGCGAGGUGGCCAUCCGCCUGCUGGAGAUGGACGGCCACAACCAGGACCACCUGAAGCUCUUCAAGAAGGAGGUGAUGAAUUACCGGCAGACGCGGCACGAGAACGUGGUGCUCUUUAUGGGGGCCUGCAUGAACCCCCCCCACCUGGCCAUCAUCACCAGCUUCUGCAAGGGGCGGACGUUGCACUCAUUUGUGAGGGACCCCAAGACGUCUCUGGACAUCAACAAGACGAGGCAGAUUGCUCAGGAGAUCAUCAAGGGCAUGGGGUAUCUUCAUGCCAAGGGCAUCGUGCACAAGGAUCUCAAAUCCAAGAAUGUCUUUUACGACAAUGGCAAAGUGGUCAUCACAGACUUUGGGCUGUUUGGGAUCUCAGGAGUGGUCCGAGAAGAACGGCGUGAGAACCAGCUCAAGCUGUCCCACGACUGGCUGUGCUACCUGGCCCCUGAGAUCGUGCGCGAGAUGACUCCUGGGAAGGACGAGGACCAGCUGCCCUUCUCCAAAGCCGCGGACGUCUAUGCUUUUGGGACUGUCUGGUAUGAACUACAAGCAAGAGACUGGCCCUUUAAGCACCAGCCCGCAGAGGCCUUGAUCUGGCAGAUUGGAAGCGGGGAAGGCAUGAAGAGAGUCCUGGCCUCCGUCAGCCUGGGGAAGGAAGUCACCGAGAUCCUGUCUGCCUGCUGGGCAUUCGACCUGCAGGAGAGACCCAGCUUCAGCCUGCUGAUGGACAUGCUGGAGAAGCUGCCCAAGCUGAACCGCCGGCUCUCCCACCCUGGGCACUUCUGGAAGUCCGCUGACCGCUGGCGGAGCCGCUACUACGGGAAAGGACGUUACGGCCACCCUGACUUUAAGAACUCCUGUCCAGUUCUGGAGGAAUACAUUAACAGCAGCAAAGUUGUACCCCGCUUUGAAAGGUUCGGCUUGGGCGCCCUGGAGUCCAGUAAUCCAAAGAUGUAGUCGGCCGUGCGGUUUUUCGACCACCCAUUUCUUUCUUUUGCAAAUGUGUUUCUAAAACACACCAACAACCACCACGACAGAAAUCAAUAAAUAAAAACCAAAACACUCCACCUGCCCAGCGCUGCACACGAGGAGCACGAGUCCUCCAUUCAGACUGUUCGUCACCAAGACGCGUGGGUCCUGGAGAUGGAGCCACACACCUGCCAUUUGAGAUGACGCCACCCACCACCAGAUCUGUCUGACUGACAGCGAAUGUUUACAUGUACGUCUCUGCGGAGCGGACUUSAUGUUUUACAAUAGGUAAUAAUAAACAGUCCAUGUGUAGGGGCGCUGGCACCUUGGGGUGGCGGAAGUGGCUGUCCCUUGUGGAGGACUUGUAACCGUGAGGGGCCCAGGGUUGGGCCAGAAGGAGGAAAAGCAUCGUGAUUAUGGCUGUUCUGGGGGAGGCAGCCCAUGGUGUGACCUGGCCUCUGCCUUGGCCCUAACACCCAUCCAUAGGGAGUCUCCAUCUGGGAUUCCCCCUUUGUCCUAUCAAAGGGACAUUAUCCCUUCCUCAUUCUGCAGAGGAAACCCUGGCUGGGAACCAAGCUGGAUUUACAAGUGUCAGRAUUCCCUAAAGAACUUGGAUAGACCCUGUGACUCCCUCUAAUCCWGGCUGUUUCUGUUGCAAAAGUAAAGGCAGAACCCAGACAGCAUCUGGGUGGUUCCUAGCCAGGGUUUCUGCUACGUGGAGAAGAACUGUCCACACACCGUGGAAAUGUGUUUCUUGAAGCCCCCAGCAGGCACUUGUGGUUUUAGACACAUCCGAAUGUGUGACUGACAUCUGACCCCAGGGCUAGGGUCAGCCUGGUAGCUGCACAUGUCACGGGGAAUUGGUGAGUCAGAACAAGGAAUAUGGUAAAGGGAGGGGGAAAGAGACAGCCAKCAGGGGCCUGAACCCCGCUUUCUGGCCACAGGGUGACCCUGGCACUUUAGAAACCCAUCCCAUCCGUUUUACUAGAAGGUUCCAGAACUGCCUGCCUCUUCCCACUCCCCAACCCUAUUGAACCCCUUCACCCAUCCCUGACUCCUCUCUCCAUGCUCAGAGCUGAGACGGGGGCAUGAGGCAGUCCAGCCUUUCCAGUUAGACCCCCAGGGAGCCCCCGCAUCUGCAGAACCCUCUCUGGCAACAUCAGGCCUUUUGCUUGUGUCCAUUCAAACCAGCGGCGGAGGGGUGGGGGGACUGGAUUUGGGAACACCUUUAAUGUGAUUGAACCCCACCUGUCCUCUGUAGAACUAUCACAAAGAAAAGUGCCCAAUGGAAAAGAGGCCUUUAAGUGGAGGUUGGGUCUCAUGGGGCUGCACAGACAAAGGAGAGACGGAGGGAGAUGGGGUGGAGAUGCGAGGGGAGGUGCUUCGCUCUGAGCUCAGACAAGGGCAGCCAUGUGGCUCCCACCUCUUUCAGUUAGGCCACCUAGCAGAGCCCCAGGUCUUCAGAGCCUUCCCUAGCACCAGAGUCAGGUCCCAAUGUCACAUAGGACAGGCCACUCUGCUCCAGAAGCUGGGAAACUGCCUCCCUCUCUCCAGGCCCUCCGCCCUACCCUCUUUGGGGGUAUGUGACAGUACAGCGGUGCAGGGUACCGUGGGACUGUGACAUCCUUACUUUUUUUGGUCAUUGUGGGCAGGAGAAAGAGGAACUGUAGGCCAGUUGGGGUCAGCUCUGUCAUUGUGUCUGCCUCCCUGUGACUUCCCCMCUUCAAAGCCAUGUGGCCGCUGCCUCUGUGGCUGCAGCAUACCUACAGCACCCCAGAGGGGACUGCAGACCCCCCCAACCCUGUGCUGCCAAGGGCUAGUGGACAGUUGGGUGUGUCGGGCUCAGCACCUCCCCAUCYCCCUCAGAAAAUCAAUCUCCCUUUGUCUCGUGAAUGUCAAGGUUCAGGGGGCUCCCUCGUGGACUUGUGCAAGUGCUGGGGACCCAGAGGUAGGAACAGCCACAGUCCCUGUCUUAAGGAACUGACCGUCUUCCAGGAGCCUGGUAUCUACCAGGAACCCAGAAGCCUCUUGGCCCUGAUGGUAAGGCUAAGGUGCUGGGGGCCCUCCUCUUCCCCCCAAGGCCUGGACAGCCUCUGGCUCUCUGCCAGCCCCCUCUGCACUGCCUGUCRUUUAGGAAGAUCCUCCACAAGGGUCCCCCUUCUCCCUUUUUUUAUUUAAGUGACUGUGAAUUGAGGUUAGGAAGACGAGCCCACCCUUCUGUGUGCCCUCCCCGUCUGCCUUGGAAACGCAUGAAGGAUGACAGAUACUGUGAAUUCAGUGCUCACGGCCCACUGUGAAAGGGAUGGAGAAGGCCCAGGGCUCCCUGGGGCUGCAGAGGUCCCCACUGGGGUCUAAGAAUGGAGCCCAAGAAGCUUUGGCCCUUCCAGGCACCCCUAGUUCCCAGCCUCACCUCCGAGGCCUUUAACCACCAGUCUCUAGUCUCCCCGGGUUUCUUUGUGACUCAAAGGUUGAAUCCUGGCUAGUCCUGAGCAGCGUGGAGCAAAGUUGACCUCUCCAUG